AUGGCACAAACGGUAGCAGCUCAACACUCGCCUGAUGUGUCUAGGAGGCCAAAAGGCAUCUUGAAGAACUCUUCGUCGUACAACAACUCGUCCUACCAGCAUAUCUCUCCGGAAGCUCGUAUCUCGCCCACCACUGAGCGAGCACCAUCCAUCAGCCACUAUGACUCCACCAGCGGCGGCAGGCCCAGCAUGCCAAACCGGGAGAUGUCCGAGAAGGAGAUCGUGCAGAUGAACACCGAGAUGAACGCUGGCGGCAGUCACAGAAGGAACUCUUCUAACCCUCGUGGAGGAAGUGUGUCACGCAGACACAGCAGCCAGAGUGGGGGCGAUGAUGCCGCCGACGGAGAGCACGGUCAGAGGUUGAAGUGGGAUGAGGCGAAUCUGUAUCUAAAUGAAGGACAGAUGGGCGGCAAGAUGAAGAUCGAUGAGCCGAAAACGCCUUAUGUUCGGGAGUACGAUCCUACCGAGGACGAGGAGGAGGUUAACAGCAUCAACGCACAAGAACUCGCUGUCGAUGAGCUCGAAAUGGAGAAGUCGAAGGCGAAAGCACGCAAGUCGAAGGUAGAUGAGAUUCCUGGCCUUGAGCUUGGCGAGCCGGAGAUGGAGAUCGAUCCCAAGGUCCGACGGGAGAGUGAUGGCGAGCGGAGGGUGAUGGUCGAGGGAGAUGGAUUGGAUCCGGAUGGGCGACAUCAUGGUGAAAAUGAGGAAGACAUGACGACUGAUGAACUGGAGAAGCAUCGCAAAUUCGAGGAGAUGCGCAAGAAGCACUAUGAGAUGAAGAACAUCAAAAAUCUGCUUGGGUAUGUAUGA